UAAAUUGGACGUUUAAAGUGAUGCACAGGGUAUAAAUGAAGUCGUUGAUUAUGAUAAUGCUGUCUAUAUAUACAUAAGUAUUAUAGAUGUUUCUUUCUGUUCUAUCGGCCUCAAGAUUGCGAAUCAAUCGAAAGCUAUCCAUAGAUGUUUAAAAAACAAUUAUUGCAAAUAACGAGGGCUGUCUAUGGUUCUCAGAUUUAAAAGAAUGGUAAUAAUCAGUGUCGUAAGUGUUAAUUCCUUGAAUCACGCGAUCACUUGCUGUUUUGAUUUUUCCAUUUUAAAAUUGAUAUAAAAUCAUCCUAGGGAACCAUUGCAACAGCAAUUAUGAGUAAAAAUAAUGUCGAUAACGUAAAUCACUGUAAAUUAAUAUUAAAUUAAUAAAGACAAGUAAUAGUUAAGUUGGUAUACAGUAAAUAAUUGAGAGGAGAGAUCGUUGCUGUUGCAAGACAUUCGAGUUUAACUGAAGAUUUAUGAGCGAAAAAGAGCUUGGGCCUGGUUAAUUGUCUGGGCCAAAUAAUAUUUUUUAAUCGCUUGAGAAUUGGGUGAAAACUCAAACUAUAAAACAAAGUAAAUGAAUGAGUAAAUAAAUAAAUUAUUUAAUUGUUCGAGAAAAAAAAAUUCAAGUGUUUUGCCGGCUUUUUAUCUUAAAAAAAAACGAUGUACUUCUACUCGAUUUCACUCUACAGCGGUUGGUUGAACGAUCAGGUGUGCUCGAUUGAGAAUAUAAUUAGACUGGGUAAUAGGAAAAUUUCAAUGUGAAUUGAAUGAAUAUAAUGUAGCUUUGCGGGGUUAUUUGGAAUCGAAAUCCCUCCAAUCUGUGUUCAGAUAAUUCAGAGCAUUGGAAUUUAUUUCAACUACCUGAAUUUCAAAAUAUUGAAUCAAUUUUUUCGAAAUUUUACGGCAAAUUGAGGAAAAAUUGAUAAACAAAUUCAUCGUGAAUUAUUUUGGGGGAUUUUGGAAAUUUCUUUCCCAUUUUACAGUAGGAGAUGAGUAAUUUCAACAACUAUUCGUAACAUGGAAAUUAAAAAUUUUAUUUGUGAUUUAAAGUCAAGAUGAAAUUCGUGAAAUAAAUCGCCGAAUUUUUUCGUUACAUAAAGUUAAAGGAAAAUUUGUGUGAUCCCCUUGAAUAAAGUAACGAAUCCAUCCAGUUCUCCUGGACGAUUUCUCCCUGAACUGCAUCAAUCGCACGGUCUUCAGACACAUUGACUUUGUUCUCCGCCACAAUUACAAAAUUCGCUCAAAUUGAAAAACGAAAAUGAAAUAAAAAAAAUCCUGAUGACAGACGGCUCUGUGGGUCCCGAUCCUUCGAACUAAUCCGUUGAUCUAUUUGCGAUGUAUUUUUUUACAAAUCCUUGAUGUCCAAACUUGCAUUAACAAGGCUAUGAAACGAAUAAUUCGAGACAAAAAAAAAAAAUACUUCAAAAUCGAAGUCAAGAUGUAAGUAAUCUUCAGUAGUCAAGUGUGAGUGAGAUUGAUGAAGAGCGAGUGAAUAAAUGGGUGAAAAAUUUAUUGUCCGUUUAAUUGAACGUUCAAAGUAGUAAACGAUUUUUAUGCUGAACGUACAAACUGUGUAUGUUUACUUGGUACAAAGAUAAAAAAUUGAGAUUCAAGUCAUCGCAACAGAAUAUUUUUUCAUUGCUUCAUUGAUAUUUUAGUUAUUCUUUAGUUUGACCCUGUUAUUGCGAGGAAUGAGGGAACUUAUUCCUGGGGGAUUUCUCCAUUCUAUCCUCAGGCGUCUAAUACACUUUUGCAUAAAUUAAAAUCGAGAUUCCUACGAUCAUCAAAUGGAAUUUAUUAUCGAUGAAAAUGCGUAGAGGAAUUCAACGCCUCCAGCUGUCGUCGUUCCAGUCUCGCUCUUGUCUUCAGUUCUCCCCUUGCAAACAAUAUUUCCAGCAGUUCUUAUCACCUCAAUUAAAAUUAUUAUUAUUAUUCUGCAACAUCUGAAGUUGGGUGGAGCUAGUGAAAAUAUUAGACACAGCUCUGAUCCCUCCCUCCGCCACUGGUGGACUUUUAACCAAAAAAUGGAUUCAACUGUUCAAAAUUCCCCUAAUAAAUCCUAAAAGUAAUAUUCUCCAAUAAAAAUCAUGGAAGCUCUUCAGACCGACUACCAAAUCUUGAGUGACGUCUAUGAAAAAAUUCGGAGACUCCAAAAAGCAGAGAAGAAAGCCCCAAAAACUGAAGUGAUUUCGCUACCUCAGACCAUUUAUCAGCUGAUAAACGAAGGAGUCCAGAGAAUCAAUGAUUUAAUGAUCACUUCUGAUUGUUCCAAUCACCCACGUCUACUAGCCAUGAAAUUAACGUUUCUCUACGAGAAAUCAAAGGCACUAGUCUGCGAAGGAAAAGAAAAUUCAGCAGAAGAAAUUCUAUCGGACGCCUUCGCCGACAUCGACGAACGCCUGUCAAGAAGGGAAAUUAUAUUCUCGGGGCUGAGGAUGAUGAAUCAUCUGGCGUAUCUGCUCAUGAAACGUGAUGACCUUGAUAGGGCUCGAGAGAUACUGGAGAAGGGAGAUUCAGCGUACCGAAGAGCGAAACCAAUCAGCUCAGCUGUUCAAUUCCUCAGUAAUGAGGAGUUGUUCUCUGGUGAAGCUGUCGUGCACUCUUCCGAGUCUUGGAACAAGCUGGAACGUCUGGUGACGAGCAAUCUUGCCAUGUUGGGGAUGAUCUAUGAGAAGCUGGGAUUGUGGGAGAAAUAUGCCGGGUGUCAGCACGAGGUUCUGGAGAGACAACUCGAUAUCUCUGGACAUGAACUCCCAGUGUGGGCAAUGAAGGCCACGAAGCUCGCAUGUUUUUUUAUGGCGCAGAAUCGAUUCAAAGAAGCGAAAAAUCAUUUGGCGACUGCAACUGAAAUGCUCUGCAAAGCCGAGAAAAAGUCUAGACCACUGGAGUCAGGGACCACCUCUCCACCGAAGUGUCCGGAAUUCCACCGGAAGUAUGCGGAUGUCGCCAACUGUUGGGUUAAAUAUGGUCUAGCCAUAUUCAGCUCUUCGAAAAUGAAUGCAAUGAAACACUUCUGCCAGGAUUCCAAUGAGAUGUUGGCUCGAGUCUGGAACCCACUUUUUGGAUCUCCACAAUCACCAGCAGGAGACUCCGAGGGGAUUGGCGAGAAAAAUAAGAAAAAUGCAAGGACUGGGGGGAAAUCCCAGCCAACUCUUUCCAGCAUUUCGGAGGGUGACGAAGCUGCUGGUUCCUCAGCAGUGGAGAACGAGAAAUUAUCUAAAUAUGAUGGACCAUUAUUCCUCUUCGAAAAACUUGACUUGAGUGAAUACGACGGAGUCACAGACUCGUUAGUAGAUAGUACACUGGAAGCAAGGAUUCUCUUCUACCAGAGCCACACGUGGCUGAAGCAAGUCAAACUCUUCUACACGCUUCAAGACCACCCUAUAGAGUACGUCAACACCAUAAUGGACCUCAACGAACUGUACAGAUACCUCGCGUUCUUCGAGGAAGACAUUGAAAGUCAAUAUUCCGUGCACAAACUGCGAGCAGAUGCUUUGGAAACGCUGAGUGCAGUUCUUCGGGAGGUCAGACCACACUGCUACAUGGCAGUAUCCGUGGAGAUCCUCCGGGAGUUGGCGGAGGUUCAAAUGGAAAUGAUGGGUCUGAAUCUGAGGAAAAUUUACGCCGCUCAAACAGCCCUUCCUGACGUGAAUCAGACACUUCAAAAGAUCGAGACUCUUCAGGGUCUGAAUAUAAAGCUGAAAAAAUUCGGGAAGAGUCUUCCUGGCCUCGAGGCACCUGACCAAAUCCAAAGUUCCCACUCGUGAAAGGAUGGGAUAUGGGAAUCAAGAAUUUUUCAAUUAAAAAUCAUUGAAUCCUUCUAAUUACUGGGCGACUUGCAAUGGAGCUCCAUCCAAGUUCUCUGUGGCCAUCAAUUUUCGUCGUGUCCAAUCACUCAUAGAACCGAAAAAAAUGGAGGAUGAUUGUUUUGAAAAGUACAGAUUGUCAACAGAAACAAU